UUUGGCUUUGAAAUAAAAAAAAGGCGAGACGUUUCUCGAUUCUUUGUUCCAGCAACCAAUCAGAAGUGAGAAAACGGUCAUGUGAGACGUCAUGUGAUCUCUGCGUAUAUAAACCAGUUCCUUGUUUCGUUAGCUCAUACCCGUUAAGCUAGUGAUUAUAUUGAAGAACUUAUAUUUACGAAACGCGUUUUAUUCUGCCGUUGCAAGAAUUAAUAUAUUACAAGUAAAAUGCAGAUCUUUGUGAAAACUUUGACUGGAAAGACCAUAACUCUUGAAGUUGAGGCAUCUGACUCUAUUGACAAUGUCAAGGCUAAGAUCCAAGACAAAGAAGGAAUCCCACCAGAUCAGCAACGUCUUAUCUUCGCUGGUAAGCAGCUUGAAGAUGGACGCACACUGAGCGAUUACAACAUCCAGAAAGAGUCUACUCUUCACUUGGUUCUUCGUCUCAGAGGAGGAAUGCAAAUCUUUGUCAAAACUUUGACAGGAAAGACCAUCACUCUUGAAGUUGAGGCAUCUGACUCUAUUGACAACGUCAAAGCCAAGAUCCAAGACAAAGAAGGAAUUCCACCAGAUCAGCAACGUCUUAUCUUCGCUGGUAAGCAGCUUGAAGAUGGACGUACACUGAGCGAUUACAACAUCCAGAAAGAGUCUACUCUUCACUUGGUUCUUCGUCUCAGAGGAGGAAUGCAAAUCUUUGUCAAAACUUUGACAGGAAAGACUAUCACUCUUGAAGUUGAGGCUUCUGAUUCUAUUGACAACGUCAAAGCUAAGAUUCAAGACAAAGAAGGAAUCCCCCCAGAUCAGCAACGUCUUAUCUUCGCUGGUAAGCAGCUUGAAGAUGGACGUACACUGAGCGAUUACAACAUCCAAAAAGAGUCUACUCUUCACUUGGUUCUUCGUCUCAGAGGAGGAAUGCAAAUCUUUGUCAAAACUUUGACAGGAAAGACUAUCACUCUUGAAGUUGAGGCUUCUGAUUCUAUUGACAACGUCAAAGCUAAGAUUCAAGACAAAGAAGGAAUCCCCCCAGAUCAGCAACGUCUUAUCUUCGCUGGUAAGCAGCUUGAAGACGGACGCACACUGAGCGAUUACAACAUCCAGAAAGAGUCUACUCUUCACUUAGUUCUUCGUCUCAGAGGAGGAAUGCAAAUCUUUGUCAAAACUUUGACUGGAAAGACCAUCACUCUUGAAGUUGAGGCAUCUGACUCUAUUGACAACGUCAAGGCUAAGAUCCAAGACAAAGAAGGAAUUCCCCCAGAUCAACAACGUCUUAUCUUCGCUGGUAAGCAGCUUGAAGACGGACGCACACUGAGCGAUUACAACAUCCAGAAAGAGUCCACUCUUCACUUGGUUCUUCGUCUCAGAGGAGGAAUGCAAAUCUUUGUCAAAACUUUGACAGGAAAAACCAUCACCCUUGAAGUUGAGGCAUCUGAUUCCAUUGACAAUGUCAAAGCCAAGAUCCAAGACAAAGAAGGAAUCCCCCCAGAUCAGCAACGUCUUAUCUUCGCUGGUAAGCAGCUUGAAGACGGACGCACACUGAGCGAUUACAACAUCCAGAAAGAGUCCACUCUUCACUUGGUUCUUCGUCUCAGAGGAGGAAUGCAAAUCUUUGUCAAAACUUUGACUGGAAAAACCAUCACUCUUGAAGUUGAGGCAUCUGAUUCUAUUGACAAUGUCAAAGCCAAGAUCCAAGACAAAGAAGGAAUCCCCCCAGAUCAGCAACGUCUUAUCUUCGCUGGUAAGCAGCUUGAAGACGGACGUACACUGAGCGAUUACAACAUCCAAAAAGAGUCUACUCUUCACUUGGUUCUUCGUCUUAGAGGAGGAAUGCAAAUUUUUGUCAAAACUUUGACUGGAAAGACCAUCACUCUUGAAGUUGAGGCAUCUGACUCUAUUGACAACGUCAAAGCCAAGAUCCAAGACAAAGAAGGAAUCCCUCCAGAUCAGCAACGUCUUAUCUUCGCUGGUAAGCAGCUUGAAGACGGACGCACACUGAGCGAUUACAACAUCCAAAAAGAGUCUACUCUUCACUUGGUUCUUCGUCUUAGAGGAGGAAUGCAAAUUUUUGUCAAAACUUUGACUGGAAAGACCAUCACUCUUGAAGUUGAGGCAUCUGACUCUAUUGACAACGUCAAAGCCAAGAUCCAAGACAAAGAAGGAAUCCCUCCAGAUCAGCAACGUCUUAUCUUCGCUGGUAAGCAGCUUGAAGACGGACGCACACUGAGCGAUUACAACAUCCAAAAAGAGUCUACUCUUCACUUGGUUCUUCGUCUCAGAGGAGGAAUGCAAAUCUUUGUCAAAACUUUGACUGGAAAAACCAUCACUCUUGAAGUUGAGGCAUCUGACUCUAUUGACAAUGUCAAAGCCAAGAUUCAAGACAAAGAAGGAAUCCCCCCAGAUCAGCAACGUCUUAUCUUUGCUGGUAAGCAGCUUGAAGACGGACGCACACUGAGCGAUUACAACAUCCAGAAGGAGUCUACUCUUCACUUGGUUCUUCGUCUCAGAGGAGGAAUCUAAUCCAUCAAUGCAACUGUACAUCAUUCAUAAACUUUGUCUUAAAUUCCAAACUGCUAUUAAAUAACAUAACUUUAACAGGUUUGGCGAAAAACUAGACCCUCGUAAAUUAAACAGUCGUUUUUCUUGCCUCUGUAGAGUUAAGAUUUUACUGUGCCUGGUGUAAUACAGAGUAAUAAAGUUUAAAAUUCCAAAGAUGACGCUUAUAAACAAACAAAUAAAAUGUAAUGUCCAUUAUUA